GCGAAGUAACGGGGCGUGAAGUAAGAGUGUAGGGUGUGCUCGCUUUCUGGUGAGGUGUCCUCGCUCUCUGUUGGAUUGAGCCAUGGCUAACAAACUGAAAACUCUGGCAGUGCCAGCCAGCAAUCUGACGCAGGCAGUUUCGGAUGGAGAGUUGAACAUGUCGAGGUUGCCGGGCACUGGCAGCAGCCUGAGCCUCAAUAGCCCUGCUGGAAGAGAGCAUCCUAGCGGAGUAGACGGUCCGGCCAGCAGGGUGGUCAGUUGGGCCGUGUGCUUCGAGCGCCUGAUGGAGGAUCCGGUCGCAGUGCGCUACUUUACCGCUUUUCUCAAAUCGGAGGUGAGCGCUGAGAACAUCCUCUUCUGGCAAGCCUGUGAAAAGUUUCAGCGGAUUCCAGCUACCAAACUGGAUGAGUUAAAGAAGGAAGCUCGCUCUAUUUACGAUGUCUAUCUAUCUGAGAGUUCCUUACACGCUGUGAACAUCGAUGACACGGCGCGCAUUAAUGAGAGCGACCUGGAGAAACCCACACCAGGAAUGUUUAGUAAAGCCCAGCAACAGAUCUAUAAGCUGAUGAAGUUUGAUAGUUAUGCACGGUUCGUGCGCUCUCCACUCUAUCAGAGCUGCAUGCUAGCCAGUGUGGAGGGACGACCUCUCCCUGACGUCGAGCCUCAAAACAAGUGCACCUCUCCAACCGAUGGCAGGAAGAGCACAAACAUAAAAACCCCAUCGUCUGACACCAAAGCCAACAAAAGGAAGAAGAUUGAGAAGAGAGGGUCAUGGGGAGCAGACGUGUCUUACCGGCAGAUCACAGUGGCAAGGCAGGAGUCUCAGAUCUCUGUGAAAUCCAGCAGCAGUGUGGAGUUGGGAUCACUGUCCAACAGAUCAGAGGAUGGCUGCCCGAGUCCUGUCGGUUCAGAGCCAAACUCGACUGCUCGAGCAGAUAAAUACUGCUGUGUUUUUUUGCCCGAUGGCACUGCUAGCCUGGCGCCGGCUCGGGCCGGUCUGACCCUUCGUGACAUGCUGAGCGGCCUGUGUGAGAAAAGAGGCUUCCCCAUGAAAGACAUUGUGAUCUACCUCCAGGGCAAGGAUAAGAAUGUGUUUCAGAAGCAACAACCUCUCUCUUUGGACCAGGACAGUUCUGUCCUGCAGGAUCAGCAGGUCACUCUGGAGCUCAGAAUAACAUUUACGUUGGAGAUAGCAUUCACAGGAAAGACGAUUGGUAUCCUGGCUAAAUCGAGUAAGACUCUGGCAGACGCCGUCUUAUCCGUCCUACAGAAGCACCAGCUCCGACCACAGGAUGCCGUUAUCACUGUGAGUGGAUCGAAAGAACCGUUAAACAUGGACGCCACAGUGUUACGUCUGGCCAACAAGACUCUCUGUUUGGAUCGAGUCAAAAGUGGGGGUGAGGUGAAGGCAAAUCCAGCUGUAGCCCGAACGAGUGCCAAGCCCAAAAAUGAGAUGGAUGGUCUGGUGGAGAUGCUGACCCGAGUGCAGUGCAGUCGAGCCGAUGACCAGCGUGGCUUAUUAACCAAAGAACAACUGGAGCUGCCCUCGUUCUUACAGAUUCCUGCGCGGGAGGGUGCAGAAAAGAGUGAAAGCGAAAACCUUGAAAAGGUACAGAGGAGCUGCUCGAGCAAGCACACGAAACCUGCUGAGAAAGCAUCGGAUAAAGAGAAGCCCUGUGUCAAUGGGAACCAUAAAGACUCUAAUGGACAGAAGAAUAAAACAGAACAGCGUGGCUGCGCGGACUCCGUAAAGGAGGCAUCACAUUGAGGGCGUGUGAGUGUGUGUGUACUGUAUGUAUGUAUGUUUGUAUGCGUGCAUUGUAUGUGUGGACCAGGCUUCAUGUUAAGCGAAUCCCCACAUGCGUUAUCUUGUAAGGACUAUAAACAGCGAUGCAGUGUUAACUUUAAAAAUAUAUCUCAUAAAAGCAAAGAGAACUAGGUGCUGAGGCUUUUGUGUCGGUUUCCGUAUUGUGUAUUUAUUUUUCGUCCUUUUGUGUUUUUAGCAUUAUGAUCAAGCAUGCUCAUAGUAUAUUUAUUUCGUGUCAUUUGAUGCACUUGCACAUGAUUUAUAUGAACUUUUUUUUUAAUUCACCUUAUUUUUUUUCACUUGAAUUAAUUGUACUAAAACAAAGGAAUGAACUUUUUGUUAGAGUGCUUUUGUACUGUAUGUCUGUCUGUUCUCCGCACUGUUACCUUUGCUCUAGAGUUAUAAUACAGUUGGAUACUGGAAAAUGUCUAAUGUCCAUGUCUAAUUAGUAACUUACACUCACUUCCUGAUAUGCUGCGAUAUUAAAAAGUGGAAGUACCCAUGAAAAAUGUCACUUAAAUGAAGGUAAUAAAGCCACCCACAUUAAAAUA